AUGAAUGUAAAACAUCUUUUUUCGUUGAUAUUGCUCGCAACAUAUACCAUUUCAUGUCAUGGUGCAUUUCGUUUUGCCAAUUAUAUGCAGGAUCAUAUGGUACUUCAACGAGCACCAAAAAGAGCAGUAGUAUGGGGUUAUAGUGAUACAAGUAGUGAUAUAACACUUGAAUUUGACAAUCAAAUGUAUAAAACUAUAAGUGGAUCACAUCCUGUAAACAACUACGGUGAAAGUAUUUGGUCGAUUACGCUCGAUCCACAACCCGAUGGUGGUCCUAAUCAAAUAAAUGUUCAUCAAACAUUGCCUAAUGGCACACUUAUAACAAUUACUCUGAAUGAUGUUUAUUUUGGCGAUGUCUGGUUUUGUUCAGGACAAUCGAACAUGCAAAUGACGGUGAGAGACAUCUUCAAUGCUUCUAUCGAAAUAGCGAAUGCAAAUAAAUAUCCAAAAAUACGAUUAUUCACAGCUGCGCUCAAACCGUCAGCUACACCAGUGGAAGAACUGAUAGGUAUAGAACAAAAUUGGUCAAUACCUUCUGCGGAAAGUGUCGGUGGACCAUCAUGGUCCUAUAUAUCAGCGGUAUGUUGGCUCUAUGGUCGUAUGAUCCACGAAGAAUUAGGUGGUAUACCAAUUGGACUAAUUGUUAGUAGUUGGGGCGGUACUGCUAUUGAACUUUGGAUGCCACCACAGCCAUUGCAUGAUUGUGGUAUCUCAUCUGGAAUGGUUCCAUUGCAAAGUUAUAAUCAACUUCUGCAAAUACAAGAGACAUUAAAUAAUUCAAAUUUAUAUAAUGCCAUGAUUUAUCCUUUUACCCGGAUGGUUAUCUAUGGUGCUAUUUGGUAUCAAGGUGAAUCAAAUUCUGACUAUAAUCGUGACAAAUAUACAUGUACAUUUUCCAAAAUGAUUCAGUCUUGGCGUGAAAUAUGGCAUGAACGGACUAAUGGCACGACUGAUAUUCAAUUUCCAUUUGGAUUCGUCCAAUUAUCAACAAGUACGAAUGAUAGUCGAAAAGUUGGUGGGUUUCCAUGGAUUCGUUGGCAUCAAACAUUUGAUGUCGGAUAUGUACCGAAUCAUGUUGUCCCGAAUGUUUUCAUGGCUGUUGCUUUGGACUUACGUGAUGAUCCGAAUAACGUCCAUCCACGAACGAAGCAUGAUGUUGCCUAUCGUUUAUCUCGUGCAGGUCUUGCUGUUGCAUAUAAUCGUUCAAUCGAAUUUCAAGGUCCUAUUGUGUCCAAUGCAAAUGUAUCGAGUGAUAGAGAACGAAUCUAUGUUACAUAUACAACUGUUACGGAUAUGAUUUUUCAAAGUUUAGACGGAUUUGAAAUCUGCUGUCAAGGUGUGACAUGUGAAACGAAUGACGAUGUGUGGAUACCAUCAUCGAUUUCCGAUAAAAGCGACUUAACCCUCAUUAUCAGAAUCCGAAAUGCAUGUACAGGUAAACCCAUUUAUGGUCUUCGUUAUCUAUGGCAUGAAACACCAUGUCCAUACAAGCAAGCAGCUAUAUAUAGUUUCACAGAUCCGAAUCUACCUUCACCACCUUAUAUGAAAAUUUUUUGA